AAUGGCUGCAAUUGUCUGUUAGUUGCAUAUUCAGGUGUGGCCGCUCAUGGAAGCCGAAUCACUGGUUUUUCUUUUUCGCUAGAAUCCUCGUUCCUCUAUCAGAAUUCAGAUCUCCACCCAUAUUAUCCUCUCAUCUGUUCUCCGACGAACCAGUUCGUAUCCUUUCUGCGUAUUCUAUUAGGUUUGGUUAAGAAGGGUUGGUAAUGGCAACAGCUUCAUACCCGCCUCCACCACCUUACUACCGUCUCUACAAAGAUUACUUAGAAAACCCCAAAUCAGCUCCUGAGCCUCCUCCUCCCAUUGAAGGCACAUAUGUUUGCUUUGGCGCCAAUUACACUACUGAUGAUGUGUUACCAAGCUUGGAAGAGCAGGGAGUGCGUCAGUUGUAUGCUAAAGGACCCAAUAUUGAUUUCAAGAAAGAACUGAGGUCACUUAACAGAGAACUUCAGCUGCAUAUUUUGGAGCUUGCUGAUGUUCUUGUUGAAAGACCAUCACAAUAUGCUAGAAGAGUGGAAGAGAUAUCCCUUAUCUUCAAGAAUUUGCAUCACCUCCUCAAUUCAUUGCGUCCCCAUCAGGCUAGAGCAACACUAAUUCACAUACUCGAGCUUCAGAUACAACGUCGUAAGCAGGCUGUGGAGGAUAUUAAGAGGAGGAGAGAAGAAGCACAGAAACUUCUCAAGGAGGCCCUUGAUACCUUAGAUGGGCACUAGCCCUUAAUCUUGGCUGUGAAUCUCAUCAUGUGGAGAUUCUGGAGAAAAACUUUGCAGCUGCAACCAAUCAUUCAAAUACAUUUUAUGUUUUGUUUAAUUGAAGCCAUGUAUGUCCAUAUUAUGUAAGAAUUAAAGCUUAAUGGCCUUCUUGUCCAAUUCAUGCUCUACUUGGGAUGCUGCCAGUCCACUAGACUAGCAGGGCCCAUGUUGCUAUA